AUGGGAAGUUCACUGCCUUGGCAUGUUGUCAUUACCAUCCUUGUUGCUGACUUCGAUUCGCUGGUUCCACUUAGGUGGCAGGGGGUUGUGCGAAUGAUGCAUGACUCCCCCAGCCAGUUCGCCUCUGUAGAUGAGAAUCCUGAAGACCAUCUUGGUGGAGAGUCCUGGCCAAGGACGCCAAGGUCCGAUUCCCCAUUGGGCCUGUACACAUAUGGUGGAGUGGGGGUGGGAAAGACCAUGCUCAUGGACUUGUUUGUUGUGUCGGCACCACCAGAAUUCAGGGUGCUACGCACGCAUUUUCAUGACUUCAUGCUGGACAUCCACUCACGCCUGCGCACCCACACCAAGACCGCAGACCCCCUCACCUUUGUUGCGCAGGACAUCUCUGAGACACACCGGGUCCUUGCCCUGGAUGAGUUCUUUGUGACUGAUGUUGCAGACGCCAUGAUCCUGCACAGGCUGUUCAACCAGCUGUGGGACCAGGGCAUCGUGCUCGUGGCCACCUCGAACAGGAAGCCAGAGGACCUGUAUGAGGGGGGCCUGCAAAGGGACCUGUUCCUCCCAUUCAUCGACAAGCUGAAGGUCCACUGUCAAAUCCACAACCUGGACUCUCCAGUGGACUACCGCAAGCUGGCGCGCCAUCAAAAGGGCCUGUACUUCGCAGGGCCUAAUGCCAAGGCCGACCUGGAGCAGUCUUUUGCCUCGAUGUGCGUUGGCUGCCCCGAGGUCCAGAAUGCCAGUGUGACUGUGAAGAUGGGCCGCCGAUUGGCUGUGCCUCGGGCCAGGGGACCCCACUGCUACUUCACUUUCGACGAGCUGUGUGGGCAGGCAGUAGGGGCUGCGGACUACAUUGCGCUGGCACGGAGGUUCCACACUGUCUGCUUAGAAGGCAUCCCCAAGAUCACAGGCGCCUCCCGAUCGGAUGCAUACCGCCUGGUCAUGCUGGUGGACGUCCUCUAUGAUAACAGGAUCCGCCUUGUUUGCACAGCAGAGACGCAGCCUGCCGAACUGUUCACCAACAUUCUCACCCAGGCAGAGCACCAGAGCGUUGACCCAAGCCUGGGGGCUGACAGCGGGGAGGCCAUCGUGGAUGACAACCUUGGCUUUGCAAAGGACAGGACAGUCAGCAGGCUGAUCGAGAUGCGGGGCCUGGACUAUCAAGUGGAGCACUCCAACAGGCAUGCGCCCGAGCUUCUGCUGGCACUGGCAGAGGCGCAAGAGCGGCCCAAGGAAUAG